GAGAUGCUUUACUUACUGAGGUUACGAGGAUGAAUGCAUUGGAGUAUAGGGAGAAAUUUUCUGAAGGGAGCCAUAGGGAGAAAACUAAGAAGAAUGUAUUGGAAAUGUAUAUCCCAACCGAGGGUCGGAGUUGGGUCAGAAGAUCUUUAACGGGGAUUAUUAAGCUCUCUCUUGAUUUUAAGUCAGUUUAUGAGUUUUUCCUUAGUAACGGUUAUGAAGUUCAGAUUGCUGGUUGGGGUUAUGUCCGUAAUUCCUGUGCUAUCAUCUUCAAAUCUCAAGAGGAGAUGUCGGAGGCAUGGACAAAGAAGAGAGGUGUAAUAGGCUUCUGGUUUGACAGAUUGGCCCCUUUACUGAAUGAAGGAGUGCCAAUGGCUUUCUGCCAGCUCGAGUUAUCUGGGGGCAAGAAGAAUUCUGGUUAGAGAAGCUUUAGAACAUGUCAAUAUUUAUACAGCAUCUUCUUCAGGUUUCUCAGAAAUCUUGGAUGAAGCAGUAGCUACAUGGCAAGUUAGUCAGAUUCUGGGGGUUUCUUUUAUACAGGGGAAGGAAGCUUUCUUGGAUAAAAUCAUUGAGCUGGAGAAAGGUUUGAAGGUGGCAAACUGAGUUGCCAUUUUGGGGAAACUAGAUUAUUCAUCAGUUUUUAUGAAGGAUAAACUAGCUAUAAUUUCAUGGAAUG